AUGUACUCCCCAAAUGCAGUAGCCUCCCCCUUGGCUCUUCCCCGCCCCCUCACCAAUCGCAACUCCUCAGCCAGCAAUGCAAUGCUUCUUCUCCUCCCCCAAGUAUUACCCCCACCAACAAUUUGCUCCCACUGUCUACGGAGAUUAACAACUUACACCCGCCGACCAUUCUCAUCAACACUCCACCCACUCCGGUCACUCGAUGCCGUCUCCCUACACGUCCCCUCGCUCCUCCCGCGGAGCCGACCAAAAUGGCAUUCCCAAUACUUCUUUUCAAACGGCUACCUACGAGCAGAUGCCGGUGACAGCGGCAAGCACACGCAUACGCGAGACGGGUCAACAACGCCGAUGAGAGAACCGGCCCUGCUACCCCACCGCCGGCGCCAGCGGCAGCAGAAACUCUGCGAGGGGGUUCUCUCUCCCCACACCACCACAGCAGGUGCCAAUCAGUCCACUGCAGUCACAGCAAUGCAGCUUCCGCCAGACGCAUCGUCAUUACUAUCCACCACAUCCUCUCAGCAGACCAGUUCCUGGAAACGAGCUUUGUACUCCUACCUUGCGCUAACAAAACCUCGUCUAACAGCGCUCAUCGUGUUAUCAGCCAUGGCGCCAUACGCCCUCUUCCCCGUUGACCCGCUCCUUUCCGACGUCCCAACCCUUUCUGCGCUAACGCUUACAUUCCUGACUGUCGGCACGGCACUCAGCUCCUCCAGCGCGAACGCAUUCAAUAUGUACCUUGAACCCACCUACGACCGGCAAAUGUCCCGCACGCGCAACCGGCCACUAGUCCGCGGACUGCUCACCCCGCGACAAGCGCUCGUAUUCGCCGCCGCCACGGGCUUGCUAGGCGUUGGCAGCUUGUACCUCGGCGUGAACCCCGCCGUCGCCGCCCUCGGAGGGAUCAAUAUCGUGCUGUACGCCGGCGUGUAUACCCCGCUCAAGCGAAUUUCCGUGGUAAAUACGUGGGUUGGAGCGAUUGUCGGUGGAAUUCCACCGUUGAUGGGAUGGGCCGCGGCGGCUGGGAACGUUCAGGGUGUGGACUCGACAUGGUCUUCUACACUGUCGCAUUCUGGGGGCUGGCUGCUGGCUGGCCUCCUCUUCGCCUGGCAGUUCCCGCACUUUAAUUCCCUAUCCUGGGGAAUCAGAGACGAGUACAGGCGAGUGGGAUACCAGAUGAUGGUCUGGAAGUACCCUGCCCUCAACGCCCGCGUGGCCUUACGCUACUCUCUAUUGCUCUUCCCCAUCUGCUUCGGACUGUGGGCUACCGGCGUUACAGACGUGGGGUUUUUGGUGGACAGUAGUGCUGUGAAUGGAUGGCUGGUGCGGGAGGCCUGGGCGUUUUACAGUAAGGGUGGCGAAGGGGGCAAUGCUAAGAGGUUGUUCUGGGCGAGUGUUUGGCAUUUGCCGGUCGUUAUGGGGCUGGCUAUGGUGCAUAAGGAAGGACUCUGGAGGGGGGUUUGGGAGAGUAUUGUUGGAGGGGCUGAAGAGGAGGAGCAUGAGUGA